UGCAGUACUAAACCCGCGGUCACACUAGACUUUUCAUUCCAUUGCCUUCCAUUCAUACGCAUGCGAAUGUGUCAGACCGGGAACACAAGCCCGUGUGAAAAGUUUUCGCAUUUCACGGCAUUCCAAAGUUCAAGUUUGGUGAACUCUGGCCUGUGAAUUCGGCUCACGUGACACCGUGUGACCUGCUGUCUGAAUUAAAAGAACAUCAAUUUAAAACUGCAGCGCUGCAGGAACGUGGAGUAUAUUGUAUGUUUUUACAUUUUAGGUGUAUUAUUAUUGUUUAUGUGUUGGAUUUAAGGUGUGAAAAAGUUGCUGCAGAGCAUGACGUCAUAUCACCACCGUUGCAGCAUCCGAACGAAUUUCGCAAGCUCAAAGUGUAGUGUGACCGCGGCUUAAGAGUGUCUACGGUAGUUGACGUUGGCCAAAACACAUGGAAACUCGUUGUUAAUAAAAAUUAUUGUCUACAAUCACAGACAUUUGCAUUUGGACGGAAUUAGAUUUUCUCAGGAUCACCGAGUUUUUCGAAAAACAUUAAGUAAUUUACUCAGGAUUAUUACAGCGGUUGUAAAUCUCUCUAACGAUCCCCUGGAAAACUAGUCCCGUCCGAAUAGGGCUUAUGACAACAUGAUUUCCAAGACACUAAAAGUUCCCAAAGACACAGUUGGCAGCCUUAUUCCAAAGCUUAAAAUGUGUUGAUAAAUUCUUGUGAAUUGUGAUGCCUUCGGUGCAGAGACUGAAUUCAAUUCAAGUUUAUUUGUAUAGAGCUCCAGACCCCACGUGACCACCAGUGUUCAGGCCACCAUUUUGGCAGUAAAAUGACCAGCGCCAGCGCCGAAGCUUUCAAGCCAUCGGAGUACUCAUCUCACUUUAAUUCGCAUGACAUUGUGCUUUAUAUAAAAAAAAUUAAAUAAGUUAAAUAUUACCGACCCAUACAACGCCCCCGGGGUGCUUUUCACAAGUAUCUCCGCUGAAGAAGAUGUCCCAGAUCUGCAGUAUCCGGAUAUAUAUAAUUACCUGAUAAACUUCCCAUCUUCCUACUCGGGUGACUCUCUAAAAGCCUACAAAAGCCUGGAGGGUUACAAAUGGACCCAGUCUGGCUUUGUAACGAACAUCCAGAUGUGGAAUCUUCAAGCAAAAAAAUGCUGCAUCAUCACUGGAAGGGUAAGUGUCCAAGUUUAAUAGGUAGUAGUGUAACGUUAGCAUGGCUAGUUGUUUGUUUAUGUUAGCUUGGCUAGCUACCGCAUCUGGCUAUCUGUAGCUAGUUUGUAUCUUUAAUGUACUCAACCAAGUUAGCUGACAUUUUUAAUUUCAUGUAUAGGUUAAUCAUUCCCAAAGGCUUAAUGACCCUCAGUUAAAGCCAUGGAUGGUGGUGAGGAAUGAUGGGGUUGUCUUGGGAGCCCACUGCAAUUGCACAGCUGGACUUGGUGAGAGCUGCUCCCAUGUGUCAGCUGUGUUGUUCAGCAUAUGGCAGCAUAACAAUGGAAGAAAAGAAGAGAUAGCUGUAACAUCUAAGAAGUGCAAGUGGGCCACCCUAAGUGAGGACUCUUUAAAGAAAGUGGAGUAUCAGCAGGGCAAGGACAUAAUUUUUAACAACACUCAACAAUAUAAAAAAGGAAAAUCUUCAAAAGGUCAUUCUGCCCCCCCAGCUUUCCCACCUCUGACCGCUGCUGAGCAAGCCCAACUCUACAACAACCUCUCCCAAUGCCGCACACAAGAGGAACAGAUCAUCAAACCAGUAGUCCUGUCUGUUGUCAAAGAGUAUGCAGCAUCCUAUGUGCCAAAGGCUGUCAUGCUGGAUGUACCAGAACCCCUCACCAACCUGUAUAACAAGCAGAUAAGAGACCUCAACCUGGCAGAGUUACAAGAUCGAGCAGAAGCACUAUUUGAAGACAUAACUGUGACCAAAGAACAGAUGGGGAUGUCAGCACGAGGAAUUGGCAAGAAAAUACUAUGAAAUGCAGCAUCGCCUCUCACACACGGAUGUCAUGACCUGAUGGCGCUGAAAGAGGAGAGUCAAGAACUGAACGAAACCGAAGAUAAAGAUCAAAAUGAAAAACAUCAUGAUUUCAGAACUGAAGAAAAUUUGAUUAGUUGCUCACAAACUGAACAGACUUCCUCACCAAUAAAAGCUCAAAAAACACAAACUACAGACCUUAAUCCCCACUUGAGAGUUCAUACUGGACCUUUCACCUGCCAACAGUGUGGACAAGUUUUUAGUGAAAAAAGACACCUUAAUCUCCACAUGAAAAUUCACACUGAAAAGGACCCAUUAAUAUGCUCCCAGUGUGGAAAGAGUUUUAAGAGGAGAAAUCACCUUAAUACCCACAUGAUCAUCCACACUGGAGAGAGACCUUACACCUGUCCUCAGUGUGGAAAGAGUUUCAGGGUUAAAGGAAACUUAAAAGCUCACAUUAGGAUUCACACUGGAGAGAAACCUUACACCUGCAAACAGUGUGGGAAAAGUUUCUCAUUAAAUAACGGUCUUAAGGCUCACAUGACAGCUCACACUGGAGAGAAGCCAUUUGUAUGUGAUCAUUGUGGAAAGUGUUUUACACAGAAAGCACUCCUUGAUGCCCACAUGAGAGUUCACACUGGAGAGAAACCUUACAGCUGCGAACAGUGUGGGAAGGGCUUCACACGAAAAGAAAAUUUUAAAGCUCACAUGAGGAUUCACACUGGAGAGAAUCUGUUCACGUGUGAUCAGUGUGGAAAGAGUGUCACAUGUAAAGAUGGCCUUAAAAAGCACAUGAGGAUUCAUUCAAGAGAGAACCGUUUUAAAUGUCAUCAGUGCAAAAGGCGUUUUGCAGACACGAAGCACCUUCAGGAUCAUGUUAAAAUUCACCACAGAGAAAAGCCUUUCAGGUGCCAUCGCUGUGAAAAGAGUUUCACAAGCAAUACAAACCUUGAGAAUCACAUAAGAGUUCACACUGGAGAGAAACCUUUCACCUGCAAGCAGUGUGGAAGGAGUUUCACGAUUAUAGGAAACCUUAAGACUCACAUGAGAGUUCACACUGGAGAGAAACCUUACAACUGUCUUCAGUUUGAGAAGCGGUUCACAUGUAAAAGCAGAAUGAAUCGUCAUUUGCAAACUCAUUCUGGGAAGAAAUUGCCAUUUUCCUCAGAGUGACUAGAGGUUUAGAAAAAGGAGGAGCGAUUUCUACAAUGAUCUACAUUCAUUCUGAAAGACAAUUCAAUUGUAGUCAGUGGAAGAAAAACAUUUUUUGCAUUCACACUUAACGUGAGAAGUUUGUAUUCUUUGUUAUAGAGUGUGAUUAAAAAUUAUCUGCUUGACACCUUGUAUACUUCUUUUACUUGUAUCCUUCACCUCUUUAUGCUUCAUCAUAAGGUUUUUUAUUUUAUUUCAUGCACAUGUACUCCUGUGGCCAAACCUGAUUGUCGUCUUUGCUGUAGUUUCAAAUACUGAGCAGUUAGGGAAGAUUCACUCCAAUUUCAACUAUGUUGGGUGGAGUUUGUCUAGUGGGUCGAUGUCAGCAUCCCACCACAACCUCAAGGCCUGAGGUUGCAUUAUUUUUCAAAAGCAUCUGCUUACAUUGCUCAUUUCUGUGACUUCACCUGUGUUUUUGCUUCAGGAGAUGUGUAAAAAAGCGCCCCCUAGCAUGUAUCACUGAAAACGUGGGAACCUGGAACAUUCUAUGGUUGGUUGGGAGUUAAAGGGGUCAUAUAAUGCGAUUUCAAGUUUUCCUUUCUCUUUGGAGUGUUACAAGCUGUUUGUGAAUAGAUUAGAUCCCUAAAGUUGCAAAGACUAAAGUCU